AUGUCACCGGAUAAUGUACAAUUCUCAAGUAAAUAUGGAGGACGUGGUGUUUCUAAUGGUCAAAUAGAAGUCCAGAAGCGUGAAUUGAUGACAUUGCGGCCAUCGAAGUAUAUAUGCAGCUCAAUAAUAGACGUUUGGAGCAUAGUGUUGAACCAUAUAGAAUCAGAACGCUCACCAAACUCACCACUCAGAUUCUUCGCUUCAACAAAAACAUGCUUCUUUUUCCCUAUUCAUCACGCCGAACAUUUCUCCCUUAUGUGUUUUGACAUUAAAAAAGUAUAUGUAAGCCACUUUGACAGCUCCACUGCAGCAUUGGACAAUUCACUUGAUGUCAAAUACAAUGACAUUCCAAUGGCACUGGGCAUAAUGUUAUCUCAAUAUUUGGACCAUUGUGGCUUAAUAGAGAAAGCCGUAGCAAUAAGAAAUAUGAAAGUUGAAAGGAUUAAGAUGUCAUGGGGAGAAGAAAUGCACAAGAAAGACACCGGGAUAUGUAUGAUGCGACUCAUGGAAACACAUAUAAGCAAUGCGGUAGAAAACUGGAGGCUUGGUAUAAAACUAAACUGCCAAACACAGUUGAAGUUUCUGAGAGGAAACUAUUGUGCUCCCAUCCUAGCAGCUGAAAAUAAUAUGCUCAAUCAUUUGUGCAUGUCUGUUGCAGACAUGCACUACCAAUUGUCAUUUGAGGAUAGUUCAGUCGAUAUAGUUCCGCCUUGGAUAAAUGAAAUCAUUGUAGAAUAUGAAGAAUAG